UUGUUUGGGACUCCGCCGAGCACCCGGCCCCCGGAGUGUGCUCAGCCGGAAGUGGCCGCCCAGGGCUUGGGCCCGGGAUUGGCGUGCAGACCCCACCGCGGCGGCUAAUUAGUAGAGAAUCAGUAUGGAGGCCGUGGCGACCGCGGCGGUGGCGGCGAGGGAACCUGAUGAAGACUGUACACAGGCCAGUACUGGGCACUGGGGAGAACUGAGCUGGACACCUGUCCCACCCAGACCCCAGAACAAGUUGGAAGCAGCAGAGAGAGCACCAGGGGCCCCGGAUGAUGGCUCCCCUGGGGCUGAGAAUCCGGCGGUGAGUGCCAUGCUGCGUGCUGUGGCUGCCAGCCGCCUGCCUGUGUGUAGCCAGCAGCAGGGCGAGCCUGACCUGACUGAGCGGGAGAAGGUGGCCAUCCUGGGCCAGCUAUACCACGAGAAGCCACUGGUGUUCCUGGAGCGCUUCCGCACAGGCCUCCGAGAGGAGCAUCUGGCCUGCUUUGGCCACUUGCGCGGUGACCAUCGUGCAGACUUCUACUGUGCCGAGGUGGCCCGGCAGGGCAGUGCCCGACCCCGCACCCUGCGCACCCGCCUGCGUAACCGACGCUACGCUGCCCUGCGUGAGCUCAUCCAAGGCGGCGAGUACUUCAGUGACGAGCAGAUGCGGUUCCGGGCCCCAUUGCUAUACGAGCAGUACAUCGGGCAGUACCUAACCCAGGAGGAGCUUAGUGCCCGCACCCCAACCCACCAGCCGCCCAAGCCCGGCGCCCUCGGCACACCUGCCUGCCCGCUCUCCGACCUGCUGCUCCAGUCCUACCAGGAGCGGGAGCUGCAGCAGCGGCUGCUCCAGCAGCAGGAGGAGGAGGAGGCCUGCCUGGAGGAGGAGGAAGAGGAGGACGACAGUGAUGAGGAAGACCAGAGCCCCAGCAAAGACUCAGAAGCCUGGGUGCCUGACUCAGAAGAACGGCUGAUUCUGCGGGAAGAGUUCACCAGCCGGAUGCACCAGCGCUUCCUGGACGGCAAGGACGGGGACUUUGACUACAGCACUGUGGACGACAACCCCGACUUUGACAACCUGGACAUCGUGGCACGGGAUGAGGAGGAGAGGUACUUCGAUGAGGAGGAGCCUGAGGACGCACCCAGCCCAGAGCUGGACGGGGACUGAUGGCCUGGCCACCUGCCCCACCCACGACUCCCUCUAGGGCACAGCCUCGCUGGCUCUGGUGCCAUCCCAGCCGACUCCCUGCCCCUCUGUGUGUGGGGUUCCCUGCUUCUCCCCCCCCCCCCCCCGCCCUCCAACGCCCACUCCGCCUGUGUCUCACUAUCUCUCUGGCUCACUCGCUUUUUCUCCCUGCUUUUCUCUUGCUUUCUGCAUCCCUUCCUCCGUCUGCACCUGUCUUUCCUCUCUGCCUUUCUCUGUCCCCUUCUCUGUGCCUCUCUUCCCACGACAGGGCCCAGGCCGAACAUCCUCCCCUUGAGCGAGGCCAGUGGGCCUCUCGUAGCUGUAGGCCAUGUGAGGCCAGGUGGAUGGAAGUGCCCAGUGCAGGGUCCGGGUCUGCCCCCAGCCUCUCCUCCGAGCCUGUUUCUCCGCCUCUGCACUGCGGCUCUUGCCUCCUUGCCUCUGUUCCAUCCUGUCUCCUUCAGCCUCGCUCUCCGGGGCUCUGGCUCUUCCUGCCUGUACGCUCCCAUCUCUCGCACUCCACGCCGCCUCUGGCCCUCUGUCUGCCUCUCAGCCUUUCUGUCUCUGGUUUCCAUGUGGUCCCUCCAGAGCCCUGACUGCGGAGGAAGGUGUCUACCAGCAGUAACCUCUCCGCCAGGACCCCGGCUUGGGAGGAGGAUGCAGGGGCAUCACUGGGGCCACGAGCCUGCCAGCUUGGGUAUGGCGGGAAGGGGCAGGGGGCUCUCCCCUGUCAGCCCCACACCCCCGUCUGCUGGCCACAAUGUUCCCUUCCUUCAUUUCCUCCGCCUCCUUCUCCCUCUCCUGUUUACACUCCCUGAAUACGCACAGGCUGUUAUCAUGGGUCCUGAGUCAUCCCACACACAGCCUGCCCCAGCAUCCCUGCCCCCAGCUGGCCACAGGGCCCGCCCCACAGAGCCCCCUGCCGCCCCGGGCUAAUGGGAGCCAGAUGGCCUCCCAGUGACUCAGCCACUGGCCUGUGGGAACCCAGGCGUCCCGCCUUCCCAUGCCCCCACACCCGGCUCCUGCUACCCCAGCAGACACACAUGGAGACAGGGUCAGCAUCUUGCGUGGGGGUGGGCGGCAGAGGCCACAGGUCAGAGAGGCGGGGCCUGGGGACCCUUUGCUCCUGGAAGCCAGAAUGGUGGCACCUCACCAUAGCCAAGCCCACAGGACCCUCAAGACCACUUCAGGCAGGCAGCCCAGCGUAAGGGGAAGACCCCGAGGCCUCCUGGGGCCACAGCUCUUGACCCUUGGGCGUCAGCUCUGCCCUCUGGGUCAAGCAGGACUAGAGCCAGACACAGAAAGUGAGAGCUGGCCUAGAGGCCAAGGGACAUUCACAUGGAGAGACUUAAGUAUGGAAGCAUCCAGUGACUGAACAGCCCUGUCCUUUGCCGGGCCCGGCGCCACACUGAGUCCUCCAAGCAGCCCUGUGAACCGGGGACUCACCUCCAUUUCAUAGGUGAGUCAGGGGAGGCCAGAAGGGAGAUGUCACUUGGUGAAGGCCGCCUGGCCAGUGGAGAUGGAACACUGGGUCUAGGACCUCACAGGUGCUGGAGACCAUUGUCGUAGGCUGCGUGUCAGGAAGACCAACGAGGAGCUGGCUGUCAGGAUACCAGCGCUAAGCUUCACCCCCUCCCCACGCGCUUGGCACCGCCCCGCAAGGGCUCGGAACCGUCUGGAUGGCGUGUAAGUCAGCACCUGGGCCGGAACCAUCACGGCGCUCCUGCGCCCCAUGUGCCGCCGCGUCGCUGCCCCGGCUCCCAGAGAAGCGCAGCAUCCUCCGCCGGCCCGGCUUGCCCCUGGGUAUGUGUGUGCCCGCAGCCCGCAGCCCGGGAGAGUUUGCUAACACAGGAGCAGCCCUCCGUGAUGUGUGCGGGUUUCGUCCGUCUGUCAUUUGGUCAUUAAGGCUGUUUGUGAUAUACUUUGCCGGACGUAGAUUCGUUACAUAAUAAAGUGAUGAGAGACAACA